AUGCCCGGGCUCAGCGGACUGGUUCUCCUGGGUCUCUGCCUGAACCUCCAGCCGUGCCGGGCUCUCCCCCACCCGGGCCGCCCCGCCCCGGGGAGACCCUCCGCAGACCCGCUGCCGGGACUACCGGCCCGGGCCGCACGUGGAGCUGGGGGAGGGCGUAACGGGUUCCAGGGCGGGCGGGGGGGCUGCGGGGCCGUGCGAAGACCGGACCUGUGCCCCGAGAACCGGGGCUGCAGGGCCGGCACGGCGCGGGACGCCUGCGGCUGCUGCCCGGAGUGCGCCAACCUGGAGGGUCAAAGCUGCGACCCGGGAGACCGGGCCGGUUUUUACGGGACCUGCGGGACCGGGAUGCGGUGCGAGGUGGACCCGCGGUCCACAGCCGGAGGGGGGGAGGGGGAGGUGGAGGAGGGGGAGGCGGUGUGUGUGUGCGAGGAGCAGAAGGUCCUGUGUGCCACGGAUGGAGUCACGUACAUGAACGUGUGUCAGUUCAGAGAGGCCACGUUCUCCAGACCGGAACUCAAGACCAGGGGGAGGGGGCCCUGCAGGACCGUCCCCGUCAUCAAGGUGCCCCCCCUCAGCCAGGUGAACGGGACCGGCAGGAGCCUGGUGUUCCUCUGUGAGGUCUUUGCGUUCCCCAUGGCUCUGGUGGAGUGGAGGAAGGAGGGCCGAGACGUCGUCCUCCCUGGAGACGACCCUCACAUCUCAGUCCAGUCGAGGGGGGGGCCUCUAAAGUUCGAGGUCUCCAGUUGGUUGCAAAUCGAGGAGGCGGCGCUGGAAGACUCUGGGACGUAUCGCUGCGUCGCCCGUAACAACGUGGGAUCGGUGUCGGCCUCCGCGGUCCUGGGAGUACUGGGAGAAGAGGAGCUGUCUUCCUACCUGGCCAAUAGCGUGUCAGAGAUGGAGCAGCUGAUGGACGCCACAGACUACGAACACAACUCGUACUGAGCGCCGUGUGAUGUCACGUGACACGUUUGGCUUCUUCCACCAGAGACACUAAAGACAAUCAGCGUCGGGACAUCUUUGUUUUAUUAUUAUUAUUAUUAUUGUUGUUAUUAUCGUUCUCAGUUAAUUCCUCCUGUGACCUCACAGAGAAUCAGCAUGUUGUUCAAAUAAAUAAAUGUUAAAAUUACAA